AUGAAUUACAAGAAAGAAACUCUAAAAAAAUUAUUAUGUUUUACACCAAGAAACUUUUUAAAUGAUUUUCCAUAACACCUUGUUACAAAAUAAUAACCUCCUUUAGAAAGAGACUUUUCUAAAAAUAAAUUAGAGUGAUAUCAAUUUUAGUAACUGAAAAUGCAUUGAUUGUUAUUUGAGCUCUGAGUCUAAAUAAUACCCUUUUAUUCUUCCCUAGUGUUAAAAUCUGUUUAAUCAAAGAGUUUUUAAGGAUAAAUAAGAUUCUUUUUCCCUUAAAGUACUAAAAAAUUAAUAUUGCUAAAGAAUCGCCCAUAUUGAAAACUAAUGAGUCGAUAUUCAUUUUGAAUUUUAAAUCCUAUGAAAUUGGUACUAUUUAGACAAAUUCAAUGCUUAGCUAUUAACAAACUCAAGAACCCUUAUUAUUUAUCGAAAUGGAUAUUUUGUAUUGA